AAAUGGAAACAAACGCAAAAACGCGUACGGGGUAACUUGAAAUUUUUGGGUAACAAUGACAGUGGUAAAAAUUACAAUUGAGAUGUGGAGAAAUGAAAAAAAAAGCAACACAGAAAAAAAAAAAAAAAGUAAAGAGGUAUACACGGUAUAACGAGAGCAAUGCAAAGCACCAGAGGCAUUUCAUACGUGAAGAGAAAGAAAAAUACGCAGACUUGUAAAAAAAUAAUUCCAAAUAUCAGCGAAUGUCUCGGUAUAAACCUUCGUUUUUUUUCCAAUGGCAGAAUCACAGCAGCAGAGCAAGUCAAAAUUGGAAAGAAAAAAAAUUGUCCAGAUACGUCGCAGAGAACGAGGGGAUAUAUGAGACC